AUGAGCGCAGCCGCUAAGAUUUCCAAUUCAUCACUGGUGAACUCCCUGGCCAAAAGGUAUGAUCCGAAAGCUUUACAGAACCAACGGCCUGCCAAAGCACAAAAAGCAUCACAGACUCCGGUAGCCACAAAGUCACCAACAAGCAAAGACGUCAUGGACACAAAGCUGGACUUCCUGCACAAUAAAGUUGACACGCUUCUGGUGGGAAACAACGAUGUUUCUGAAAAGAUUGAACAUAUUUCACGGGAUAUUGUGGACAUUGCAAAAGACCUUCAAAAGUUCAAAACAGAGAGUGCUAAAACUGACAAUGCCACCAAACAUACCGACGUUAAAGAUGCUUUCUUAGACAUGAAAGGGCAUUUUGUGGAUAUGAUAAGCUAUCUCUCCUUAAUAAACAAAUAUUCAGAGCAACAAGCAAAAAGGCUGGAAGGAGUUGAAUGCAUUUUGCUUGGCAUGCAAAGUGUGAUUAAUUUAGUAAUGAAGCAAGUCAAUAUGUCUGCAUUGUUUGAGUUUCUGCCGCAGAAACAAAAUUCUACAAAGCAACCGACGACGAUUCAUAAAAAAAUGACCAAAACUGAAGAAAAGGAAAAUACUCACCUAAAAAGCAAAGAGAAAAGGAAAACUUAUAUAAGGGUGCAGGAGACCAAUAGGAAAACGCAAGCUCGUCUGAGCAAAACAAAACACAAGAUUGUCAAGGAUGAAAUCGCAAAUGAAAAAAAGAAAAACUUCUCUUUGAAUGUAAAGGGUACACAGUCUUUGAAGAAAAAGAAGCCACCAGAUGCAGAGCGAUGUAUCCAAAGAACCCAGUCCUGCAAAUAUAAAGGAAAGGUCCAAAAACUCAAUAGAGAGAAUGCAGAAAAGGCAACUGUUAUAUAUGUUGAGAACAAAUCUUCAGAACUAAAGUAUGAAGAGAACAUUGAGGCACAAAGCUUUAUCUCUAUAGACAUACCGAUUUCAGAAACUAAAACUUGUGUGCAAGGUGGAACACCCAUAAUUUGCUCUGUUGAAGAAAAGGAUCUCAUCUCUUUAAAUGAAGAACCUGUCAAUGUACUAACAGAUGUUGAGGAAGAAGAAGAAGUGGUCAGUGUCCAAGAGGACCAAGCUGAAGAAAAACUCAUUAUUUUAGUGACUGAAGAUGCAUUAGAAAUACAGUGUGAGGAAAGGCAUGAAGAGAAUGAGGACAGUGAGGAUGCUAACACUGAGGAAGAUGAUGAUGAUGAUGAUGAUAGCAGCCAUAUGAUUGCAGGGUGUGAUCAAAUUCAAGCAGUACUGGAAGUUUCAGAAGAUUCUGAGCAAAUUCUGAGGAGCAUGAGCACUUCUACACCUCCUUCACCAUGCCCUGCUUAUGAUACAGAACAGGCAACAGUCUCUUCAGCAAACAGUGAGGAGACUGAAGAAGAUGCACAGGAGCUAUCCACAGAAGAGGACGAGGAAGAAGAAACCUCAGAUGAAUUUUGUCAGAAUAGUAAUAUCAGCCAUGAGCUAAGCUGUAACAGUAAGAAGAGGGUGACUGAUGAAGAUGACAUAAAAGAAGACAACAAAAAAAGCAAACUAAACACAGAGGAUAUCACCAAUUCCCAGCACACUGAAGACACAACACAAAAUCUGAUCAUUGUUGAGCAGACACAGAAAAGCCAAAGUGCUGAAGAUAAUAAAAAACAAAUCAUAUUGAAGACAGAAGAUCUGGUAUUGUUUCUUGAUGUCAUAUCUCCUCCUCCGGCCCCAUUUGAUCACAGAAUUGUCUCUGCCAAACAUGCUCAGAUUAAUAAUUUGUAUACUGUGGAAACCGCACAUUUACUGGGAGGUGGAAGAUUUGGACAAGUGCACAGAUGCACAGAGAAGUCAUCAGGACUUUCAUUGGCAGCUAAAAUCAUCAAGGUUAGAGGACAUAAAGAAAAGGAGGAAGUAAAAAAUGAGAUUCAAGUCAUGAACCAGCUGAAUCAUGUCAAUCUUAUUCAGUUAUAUGAUGCCUUUGAGACCCGAAAUGACAUAGUCCUUGUUAUGGAAUAUGUGGAUGGCGGUGAAUUGUUUGACAGGAUUAUUGAUGACAACUGCAAUCUUUCUGAAGUGGAUACAAUAUUAUUUAUUAAGCAGAUCUGUGAAGGAAUUCAGUACAUGCAUCAAAUGUACAUCAUACAUUUAGAUCUUAAGCCAGAGAAUAUUAUGUGUGUGAGCCGAGCAGAUUAUCAGAUCAAAAUUAUUGAUUUUGGCCUGGCUAGAAGGUACAAGCCAAGGGAAAAAUUGAAAGUGCACUUUGGUACUCCAGAGUUCCUUGCCCCUGAAGUUGUGAACUAUGAUUUUGUCUCGUUUCCCACAGACAUGUGGAGUGUGGGAGUCAUUGCCUACAUGCUGUUGAGUGGUCUUUCACCAUUUUUAGGGGAAGAUGACAAUGAAACUAUGAACAACAUCUUGACUGCUGAAUUUGAUUUUGAAGGAGAAGAAUUUCAAAAUAUUUCAGAUAUUGCAAAAGAUUUCAUCACAAAGUUAAUCAUAAAGGAAAAAUGUUGGAGAAUGAGUGCUACAGAAACAUUGAAGCAUCCAUGGUUAUCAGAUUCCAAAUUGCACUAUAACAUUAGUCAGAAUUCAACCAUGUUGAGAAAUGUGAAAAGCUGCUCUGUGUCUGAGACACCUGUAGAACAGUGA